AUGGCUACAAUUGAUCAGGACUAUGUGGUUGCCAGGCCACUCUACUCUGAGGAUUCCUUCAAGGAAGCACACGAGAAGAUCUGCAGAAGACGCAAAACCCUCCUGGACCAUGUGAAGGACUAUCUCACCUGUGACUCUAAGCGAGCUAAGAAUGCCGUGCUGUCUCUGCUGCCCAUCAUUGGCUGGAUGAGGAUCUACAGGGUGAAGGAGUGGCUACUGAACGACAUCGUCUCUGGAGUCAGCACUGGCCUGGUCGCCGUGUUACAGGGCUUGGCGUUUUCCCUGCUGGCCUCUCUGCCUGCCAGCUAUGGCCUCUACACAGCCUUCUUCCCCGUCAUCAUCUACUUCUUCCUGGGCACUUCCAGACACAUCUCCGUGGGCUCCUUUCCUGUGUUGAGUCUCAUGGUGGGUCAGGUGGUGACGCGGCUGGUGCCUGAUGAGGGGCCUCCCGUUAACAUCACGGGGUUCGAGGGCCUCAGUAGUGACGAGCAGAGGGUGAUCGUAGCCUCCUCCGUCACCUUCCUCACUGGCCUCUUCCAGUUAGGUAUGGGUGUGCUGCAAGCGGGUUUCAUUGUGACCUACAUGUCUGAUACCAUGGUGUCUGGCUUCACCACGGCGGCUGCUGUUCACAUCCUGGUGUCGCAGCUCAAGUUUGUGCUGGGCCUCACUGUACCAGGAUUAAGUGGGCCCCUCUCCAUCAUAUAUACCCUGGAGAUAAUAUUCAGCCAGAUCACCUCCACUAACAUCUGCGACCUGGUGAUGUCCAUCGUGAUCAUGAUAGCAGUGUUUGUGGUGAAGGAAGUCAACGACAAGUUCAAGUCAAAACUCCCUGUGCCUAUUCCUAUUGAAGUCAUCAUGACCAUAAUUGCCUGUGGUGUCUCCUAUGGCUUCAACUUUAGUGAAAGAUUCAGCGUUGAUGUGGUGGGCCAGAUGGUAAAAGGAUAUGAGCCUCCCAUACCUCCUAAUGUUGAGGUCAUGAGUCUCAGUGUAGUGGAGGCAAUUCCCAUGGCCAUAGUGGGGUUUGCUGUGGCCUUCUCCGUAGCCAAGGUGUACGCCGUCAAACACGACUACCUCAUCGAUGGGAACCAGGAGCUGGUGGCGUUUGGGGUCAGCAACAUCUUUGGUGCCUCCUUCAGGUCGUUUGUGGCAAGCACGGCUUUAUCAAGGUCAGCAGUGCAGGAGAGCACUGGAGGAAAGACACAGGUAAACAGACACAUCGAUACAAUGUGUGUGUGUAUGUGUGUGCUUGCAUGCGUGCGUGUUUUGUGCGUGUUUUCCUAGUCUGUGCUGGGUGCCUUGGUGGUGGUGAACUUGAAGGGCAUGCUGCUACAGGUGAUGGAAGUGCCAUAUCUGUGGAAGAGGGAUCGGCCAGACUGCGUGGUGUGGGUUGUUACGUGUGUGGCCUCCAUCUUGUUGGGUCUGGACCUGGGCCUGGCUGUGGGACUCGGCAUUGAGCUCAUCACCGUCGUCUUCAGGACACAGUUUCCUCGCUGUGCUGUCCUGGCUAACAUCUCCGGCACUGACUUGUAUCGAGAUCGAAAAGACUACCACUGUAUCAUAGAACCCGAGGGAGUGGUGAUCUUUCGAAUCCCCUCUCCCAUAUUCUUUGCCAAUAUUGAGUUCUUCAGGAGCAAGCUCACAGAGGCGGUUGGCUUCAGUCCUCUGAGAGUGUUGAGGAAACGGAACAAAGCCCUGAGAAAGAUCCGGAAGCUGCUGAGAACAGGGGAACUACAGGUGACAAAGAGAGGACUUCAGCCCACUGGCUAUUCUUCAUAUGAGGACGACGAGUCUGAGGACGAGAGCAAGAUGGAGGAUCUGGACUUACCAACCGACUACUCCGACCUACCUGUACAGGUGAACUGGAACUCUCAGCUUCCCGCCAACAUCUGCGUCCCCCGAGUGGACAUCCACAGCCUCGUCCUCGACUUCUCUGCUGUGUCUUUCCUGGACAUGUCCGCCAUCAAGGGACUCAAAGCGGCAUUAAAAGAAUUCAUACGAGUGGAUGUGGAGGUCUACAUAGUGUCCUGUGAUGAGAAUAUUUUAGGUAAACUCCACAGUUGCAUGUUCUUCGAUGAGGAGAUCAGGACAUCCAUGUUUUUCCCAACCACUCACGAUGCCAUGACAUACGUGCUGAAGAAACAUCCCCAACAGACCCCACACAAGGAACAGAUGCACAUAAGACUCAGAAGGACAAAGGACUCAAGCACCAGAUUGUAGUUGACACCCCUUCCAGUGAUGACAGUUAUUACACAGAAUAAGUGUGGGCUUUGAGAAGUGGAAAAAGAGAUUGAGACGGUAUAUUAUAUAGCUACUUUACGUGUAUAUAACUAUUAGCACUUAUUUCACUUUCAAAUAUAUACUUUUCAAAAUAAAACAAAUAAACAAACAAAUAAACGAUAGUCAAAUGUGCCUGGAGCCAGUAUAAUCUGUGUGCAUAUGCACAUCUUAAUUUAAUAAUCCAUGUCAGUAUAUCUCUCAAGGGGCUUGGGUCAAGAUAUCCAUGUCAUCCAAAUGGCAUAUUUUUUAGCCAUUCUUUCAGCACAGUUUGGCUUCGGACAUACAUAUCAUAUCACCGCAACGCAUGUUGGGCAGCUGUGGCUGAAUGUCUGCUUUCUUUAAUGUAAUCACUAGAUACAUUAUGUGGCAUGGCAUAUCAAUGGUUAAACUUUCAUUUUACGCCAGAACUAUCCUUUAAUUUAGGCCUAUGCAAUAGAAUGCCAUGUUAUAAAUGCCCCAUGUCGUUUAAUUUUGAUCAAAAAACCUAUGUAACGUGUAUUGUGUAAACAAAGUGCAAUGUCAUUUCAAUGGUAGGCUAAAUGUCCCACCUUCGUCAGUCAGUGGGGCAGGAGGAUGUCGUCCCAUGGGCCUCUCUCUAAUGUAACGCAAUCUAAAUGACUCAUUAUGUAUUCUUUAUUUUUUGUACUUAAUGAAUUGUACAUGACAAAAUUCUUUGUAUAAAUACCACAAACACACGUGAAGAGAGUUGAUGUUUAUACUACAUGUUUAACCACACAACUGCUGACUCCAUUGAUCCCACCAUGAUGAGACUAGUUUUUAUUUCUCUUUUGUCAUGAUCUGGUCUGAUAUCACGUGAUAAAAGACACAAGAGAGACAACUUGUCAUUAGGAUUAUUCUUUGUUUUAUCACUGAAUGUGAAACUGUAGCAGAAACGGCAUGGCAUACAGAGAGCACAUGUCUAUCAGAAUGGAAUGUCUUGAAACUGUAACAAACCUUAUAUCAACUAAUAGUUACAGUACUUGUAAGCACUUAACGUUAAACUUUAGUCUCUUUACAAAGCAUAGGCACGUAUUCUAGAUCAAACUUUCUUGUUUUUUUUCUAAUUGCUAAAACCCUUUUUUUAGUGGAACUCCACACACUGAUGCACCAACAUCACCAAAUCAGGCAAAGCAACAAAAAUGUUUUUCACUC